AUGGCGCCAUCUAUUGCCCAAACUCCUACCGCAGAAGUAGUUUUUCCUGUAAAGGCCGCUCCUGAAACAACCGAGACCAAACCUAGAGUCAGAAGAAUCAUUGAAGAGGAAGGAGGAAACACCACUGCUAGUUAUCCACACUACCUGCCUGUAUACGAUUAUGGAGAGAAAUACCCACCUCUCGAACCAUUCACCCACGUCGACCACGGAAAGGACGCCGACCCCUCUUUCAAAGACCUCCUCACGGAAGGCUCCAAGAUUCAAAAGUUGACUCCAACAAUCGGCUCUGAGGUUACAGGAGUUCAGCUAAGCAAGCUCACCGCUGCCGGAAAGGAUCAGCUCGCUCUGCUCGUCGCCCAACGGAAAGUCGUUGCGUUCAGAGACCAGGAUCUCGCCGAUCUACCAAUCCAAGAGGCCCUCGAUUUUGGAGGCUACUUUGGCCGCCAUCACAUCCACCCAACCAGCGGAGCUCCAGAGGGAUAUCCUGAGAUCCAUCUCGUCCACCGAAGCAACAAUGCCUGGGAAUAUGAUGAAUACCUCGCGACAAGAAACAGCAGUGUCUCAUGGCAUUCCGACGUCACAUAUGAGCAGCAGCCACCCGGUACUACAUUCUUGUACCUCCUUGAUGGCCCUGAAGUGGGCGGCGAUACUGCCUUUGUCGACCAAGUUGAGGCCUACAACCGGCUUUCACCGGCGCUCAAGGAGCGACUGCAUGGUUUGAAAGCUGUGCAUUCCGGAGUUGAGCAGGCUGAAUUUAGUCUGAAGCGCGGGGGUGUUGACAGACGGGAGCCGGUGCAGACCGAACAUCCUAUUGUUCGAACCCAUCCAGUGACUGGCGAGAAAGCACUUUUCGUUAAUGGCGGCUUUACCCGCAGUAUUGUCGGACUCAAAAAGGAGGAGAGCGAUGCCCUUCUAGGCUUCCUGCUGGCUCACGUGGGUCGCGGUAUUGACUUCCAAACUCGUAUUCGAUGGGCGCCAAAGACUGUCGUUGUCUGGGAUAACCGUGUCACAGCUCAUUCUGUGAUUAUUGACUGGACGACUGGUGAGCGCCGCCACUUGGCGCGUAUUACGCCACAGGCUGAGCGCCCUUAUGAGACACCUUAUGUUCCAGAGGAUGGUGAAUCUAAGCAUUAA